UAACAGAACUGAGUCGCUGCAGGCUCCUGUUUGAGGCAAGUUACGAAACCACAUCUGGGGCUGUUGCAGGCUGCCACCUGCCAGCUAGAGCCGCCUAACUUUUCAGCCUGAGCUCCUGGGACACAGCUUUACCUCUGCAGCGUCUGCUCCCCUUUCUCCCCUUCUGGGAGACAGAACCGCGGCAGCGGCAGCGGAGAGGGGCGGCAGGAUGAAUGUGGGCACGGCGCACAGCGAGGUGAACCCCAACACGCGGGUGAUGAACAGUCGCGGCAUCUGGCUGUCCUACGUGCUGGCCAUCGGGCUCCUGCACGUGGUGCUGCUCAGCAUCCCCUUCGUGAGCGUACCUGUCGUCUGGACCCUCACCAAUCUCAUCCACAACAUGGGCAUGUACAUCUUCCUGCACACGGUCAAGGGGACACCUUUCGAGACCCCAGACCAGGGCAAGGCAAGGCUGCUGACCCACUGGGAGCAGAUGGACUACGGGGUCCAGUUCACGGCCUCUCGGAAAUUCUUGACCAUCACACCUAUUGUGCUGUACUUCCUCACCAGCUUCUACACCAAGUACGACCAGGUCCACUUCGUCCUCAACACUGUGUCCUUGAUGAGCGUGCUCAUCCCCAAGCUGCCGCAGCUGCACGGAGUCCGGAUUUUUGGGAUCAAUAAGUACUGAAGGCCCGCCCCCCGCCCAGGAUGCUGGGGGCUCAGAAGGCCUGUGCUGAUGCUGGACGGAGGAGCCUCUGGGCACUCACUGCCAGAGACAGGGGCUGAGUUCUGGGCCUCGGAGUCCCCCUCGCUUCCCCACUAGCCGACUUGGAGUACCUUGUAGUGGGGUUGGGGUGGCCCCCCUGCCCCUGGUGGGGGUGGGAGGUGGGGCUGUGGCCCCUUGUGAUUUUCCUGAUCUUUUCCUUUUGCCUUUUCACUAGAGACCCCGUUGGGGUGGUCAUGGACUGGGCGGGGCUCCCAGGCUGACCAGGACCGAGAGAAUGGGGUGGGAAGUCAGGGACACCCCCUGCUCACUUGCUGGCCCUCAGGGGGUCAAAGCACUUUAACCCCCGUGAGGGGAGCGGAAGGGAUGAUACAACUUCUAGAUCACUUUAACUCUUAAGGCUCUAGGGUGACACUCAGGGUGCUAGUAUAUAUGGGGGGGAGGGACACUGACGCCUGCCUCCUCCCUCUAGCACCCGCCCGGCACUGAACGGGGCUGGGAAGGGAGAGGAGAGCUGUGGGUGGGGCUGGGUGAGGCUGCCCUGUCUCAGAGGUGUGGAGCCAGGGUCUCGGCCAUCCUGGCCCCGGAUGCCAGGGGAGGGAAGAGGAGAGGAUGAGUUGAUGCUGAGGAGAGUGGGACCAGAGAGCUGGAGAGAGGGGAGGGAGGGGGGAAGAAGGGUGGGGUGCCAAGCUAGAUCCAGCCUCCUCCGCGGGGCUGUGGCAGGGAGGGCAGGGGUAGAGGAAUGAGCUGCAGCACGGUGCUGGUAAUAGGGGAGGGAGGCUGCUGUGGGUUUGAAGCUCCUGGGUUGGCAUGCGGGGUGGUGGUGGACAGAAGAGCCCCCCCCCCAAGUCCUACAUGACACUGCCUUCUGGUACAGUGUGAGGGCUGUGGGGACCCUUGGACCGAAAUGGUGGGUCCUGGGGACCCUCACGCAGCCCCAUUGCCUCCCGGCCCGCUCCUGCAGAAGGCCCAGGGGCAGGCAGGGUCCCCAUUGUGUGGCGUGCGGUGCGUCUGUGGGCCUGGUUGGGUUGGUGGGCUGCCGCAGCAGAGCAGUGGGAAGAGCCAGGCACUUCCCGGACACCAGCUGUGGGUGCCUGUGGGAGGAGAGGAGGUCGCCCACCCCAUUUCUGGCCUCCUGGCACCCCACCCCUAGCCCCUGUAUCAUAGGGAACUUUCACCUCGAAAUCUUUCUAAGCCAAGUGUGAAUAGGAUUUUUACUCCCUUUGUACAGUAUUCCCAGAGAUGCAAAUAAAGGGCAGUGCGUCCCUGUU